AUGGCGAGGCGUCGCAAUACGCAAGAGGUCGCGCAGACACGUCCGGCUGGAUCGGGCGGCAACAGCGGAGAAUACAUGCGAACCGAGUUCGCGCUUGUCAUGGAACAACAAGCUGCGAUGGUAGCACGACUCGAGGAGCUUGAGAGAGAACAACUGACUCUGCUGGCACCGACAGGAACAACGUUUGGUCCAGUCAGGACCGAGACAAGAGCCCUGGUGCCAACGACGAGAGCAGCAGAAACGUUCAGAUCCCCGUUCAUGCAAAUGACGCAUGUGAGACCCAUGGAGGUUGACGACCUCCACGACGUCUUUAAGACUGAGUCCAUAGUACGCAGCGCGAGCGUCGGGACGGAAAGAAGAGCGCUGCGACAAGUGCAGCAGCAGCAGCACUUCCGAAAAAUUGCGGGCGCGCGCGAAGGCCUGCGAGUCGCCGCAGAAGCCCAAGGCAUGCAGCUGCGAGCAGUGGCAGAAGCACAAGAGACACAGCAAGCAAAGCAGCGAGCUGAUAUUCAAGCUGUGCACGGACAACUACAGCAGGUCGAACAACACCUGCUGAGCGAAGCAGAGCUCCAGAGGCAACAAAGAGAACCGCUGGCGGCGCAGCUGGAAGCUCAAUAG